AUGAUUGGUCAAGAUCCACAGCCAAUCAGUUCUGAAGAUUCUGUCAAGAAAUUUGAGACAAGGAUGACACAGAACCAUUUCUUCCAACUCAUCUCUGAAAUUAAUAAACCAACAGAUCUUAAGGAGGAGCCAGAUGUGGUAGAUUAUCGCCAACUACAAAGGCAGGCUAUCAGAGAUAUGGGAUUUGGCACCUUGCUGGAUCUCAAAAUUAAAAAUAUUCCAACAGCCUUAUGUAAUUUUCUGGCAAACAAUUUCCAGACCGGUGCAAGACAAGUCCCAUUGAAUGGGAACAAUGUACUGGAUAUUAAACAAGAAGAUGUUGUUGCUGUACUUGAUCUUCCUCAUGGACCCAAACCAGUGGAAGAAUUCAAACAGAAUGAUCCCGCUAUAACGGACCACGCUGAGAUGGUGGAUGCAUUCAAGAAAAGAAUGGGAUACAGUAAUAAAUUCCUGUCAACGAGAUCCACCGCGGCACAAUUAAUUGCUGGUCGAAAAGAUUUUGGUGAUGACUUCAAACGAGAUUUCCUUGUCUUCGUUGUGAGCACAUUCCUACAUGGAAACACCACUUCCAGGAUCACAAUGAACAUCUUGAAGUCCCUCGUGAACAUCAAUGAAGUGACGCAAUACAAUUGGUGUCAAUAUGUGAUUGAUGCACUGGUGAAAGGAUGCAAAAGUCACCACGAUGGAAAACCAUUCACCGGACCAAUCACUUUUUUCCUGUUGUGCUACCUUGACAGGUGUGAGUAUGAGAGAGCACAUCUGAGGUCAUUCCCUGUGAUCAAAUCUUGGGAUCAAAAGAUGCUGGACGACAGAAUAAGACUUCAGGGAAGCAAUUUCAUAGAUGUCCAGACACUUGAACGUCUUAAGAAACCGUCCUCAGCAGCAUCCCGAGAUGAACAACCAGAGGCUGAAUCACAGGAGGAUACAUAG